GCGAUCGCAGAGCCGAGCUGUCACCGAGCGGCCGAGGCUAUUGCCUAUUACUCUUUAGAUUUGGAAUUAUGGAGGCAUCGUUUCCUAUCAAAGUUAAAAUUGCAUCUUCUAAAAACUAGGAACUUCAAACUUUACUAGUGAAAUUAGAUUUUCGCUGGUUUUUAUAUCAUAUAAAAUUGUAAUAUUAUAUAUAAGUGAAAUGCUAUCAAAGUAUUCAAUAUACGGAGGAGGACGAUGGCGGGAGAUUGAUUUAGAAACUGGUCGCGUCGCAGGAUGGGCAGGCUCCAAAUUUGUUUAUACAAAACGCGGCAAAUUAAUAGUCCCUAAACCAAAAUCUGUUUUAAGAGGAUUGAUGGACCUUGCAAGUGGACACAUAAGCACGGUUAAAGAUGGUUUUCAACUAUCACAAUUAAAAAAGAAGAAGAAACCUAAAAAGUCGCCAAAGCAAAUUAAAUGCAAAUGUGACUAUAAACAUAAUCAUGUUUUUGCAGCUCCAAAUGACCAAAUUCUACAAGCAAAUAUAGCUAAUGCCUCUAUUCAGUGCAACAUAGUGCCUGUUAAUAAAACACUGAAUAAAUUAAAUAUAAAAGAGUGUAUGGAUAAAGAUGUUAAAAGUGUUGCAAGUGUUGAAAGUAUUAUCUCAGAUAACAUUGCAAGAGCAAUAACAAUAUCAGAAAGUGAUGUUGAGACAUUCCGAAGCUACAUUGUACACAGUACAAAAAAUAUAUUCAAUGUUGAUCUCUUUAUGUAUGAUGCCAACGACGAUUACAAACGGAGUGUAUUUUAUAAAAUAACACCAAUUGUUAAAGUUCAAAGGCAUCCAAUUAUACAUAGUCUUGUCAGACAGAAGCAAUUUAAAAUUAAACUAACCACUGCAGAAAUGAGAAAUAAAACUAAAACGCUUACAAAGAAUAAUUAUUGUGAGCCAAAAAUUAAAGUUAUUAAUCAUGUCGAUAACUCUGACAGUGACGUUUUUAAAGAAAGAGAAAUAGUAAAGCCCAACAAAAGUGUCAUUGAACAUCAGAGGUUGGAGAAUGUAAAUAAAGAUUUAAUUGUUGAAAAUAAAGGAAAAAGAAAAGCCGCUGAAGUAAUAAAUCAAGCUAAAAGAUCAAAACUUAAUAAUAGUGAUAGUUUGAAGGAGAACAAUGACAACGUUCCGACAGACAAGUUUGGAAAACCGAUAAAUAAAGUGUUUUUAGUUAAAAAGUGGACUGUUAAAAAUAAGAGUUCCAGAAAACGGCCCACAAAUGAGUUCUCAUUAUUAGAAGACGAGGCAAUCGUUGAUUGGAUAGUUAAAAAUAAAAAGGGGAAUUUGGUGAACGGUAAUAGAAUGUGGAAGGAAAUGGAACCCCAACACUUAAAUGUUACCGGACAAUAUCGUUCUUGGCACUCCCUUCGCAACCGAUACCUGAGACAUCUCCUCCCAGCUCUCGGUAGCCUCAGCUUGACUCCUUCACAGGUCAUUGAUCUCCGGGCAGCGGCUGCUACUGGUGAACUAAAAGCAAAUAAAAUGAACAAGAAUAACUCGAUAUACAGAACCGAGCCAGUUCGCAGUGCUUGGAAUGCCCGGCCCCAAAAGCUGAAACAUUCUGAUGAUGAACCCUUUACGCCGCCUAGAAAUUCAAACUUAGUAUCAUCGAGAAGUAAAUUGCCAACAUAUUCAGAAAUAACACGAAGAUUUGCUGAAAAACAUCGUUCGACACCUAAUUCUGAAGAGAAUGUCACAAAUAAUAAAGUAAAACCAAGAGACGGUGAUCAGACAAACAAACAACCAAGAGUUAGUCUGAAAAUCAUUAGAGUUGACACAAAUUCUAAUGAGCAAGGUUCACUUAGAGUAGUGAACAUUGAUGACAAGCAAGACAAAAAAACAGAAGAAAAAUCAGUUAGCAAAUCACGUGAAAAAUCUUCAAGAUUUGUGAGUAGCAGAGACGAGAGCUAUGGUGUAGAAAAGAAGAACCGUAGAGGUCGCAAGGGAAAUGAAACUGAUACAGAUGAAGAAAUUAAAAACAAUGUUAAUAAAAAGUUUGAAAAUGAUUUGGGAAGUGCCGACAGAUCUGGUUUAAAUAAUAAACAUAAAAAUCGCAGAAAUAAAGAUGAUUCCGACUCAGAACAAAGAAAUGAAAAUCAAGGACGAGAAAUCAGAUCUUCAAGGAGACUUCGACAUGAGAAAUCUGGUGUAGAAGAUACAUUAGGACAAAACAAAAGUAAAAUGGAAUCAAAUCCAGAACAAAAAAAUCAACGCCAAGGUCCUAAAACAUUGGAGAAUAGAGCUUCAUCAAUUAAAAGCCCGGAAAAAUCUCUUACUGAAAGAAGCAUAGGGCGACGCAAAAAUGGUCGAUUUAUUGCAAUAAAAAGGUAUAAGGAAAAUUUCAGUGUGGAUAAAAAGAAUCUUAGUCAGCUCAGAAGUAAAAGUGAUUCAGACUCUGAACCGGAAAAGAAAAAGAAAGAUGACAAUGGUCGAUCUUCUGCAAGAAAUAUGGAUAAGGAAAUUUCCAGUGUCGAUAAGAAGAAUCCUAGACAGCUCAGAAAUAAAAAUGAUUCAGACUCAGAAACAGAAAACAAGAAGAGAGAUGACAAUGGUCGAUCUUCUGCUAGAAAACGGGAUAAGGAAAUUUCCAGUGUGGAUAAGAAGAAUCCCAGACAGCUCAGAAAUAAUAAUGAUUCAGACUCAGAACCAGAAACCAAAAAGAGAGAUGACAAUGGUCGAUCUUCUGCAAGAAAUCGGGAUAAAGAAAUUUCCCGUGUGGAUAAGAAGAAUCCCAGACAGCUCAGAAGUAAUAAUGAUUCAGACUCCGAACCAGAAAACAAGAAGAGAGAUGACAAUGGUCGAUCUUCUGCAAGAAAUCGGGAUAAAGAAAUUUCCCGUGUGGAUAAAAAGAAUUCUAGACAGCUCAGAAGUAAUAAUGAUUCAGACUCCGAACCAGAAAACAAGAAGAGAGAUGACAAUGGUCGAUCUUCUGCAAGAAAUCGGGAUAAAGAAAUUUCCCGUGUAGAUAAGAAGAAUCCCAGACAGCUCAGAAGUAAUAAUGAUUCAGACUCCGAACCAGAAAACAAGAAGAGAGAUGACAAUGGUCGAUCUUCUGCAAGGAACCGGGAAAAGGAAAUUUCCAGUGAGGAUAGGAAGAAUCCUAGACAGCUCAGAAAUAAAAAUGAUUCAGACUCAGAACCAGAAACCAAUAAGAGAGAUGACAAUGGUCGAUCUUCUGCAAAAAAUAUGGAUAAGGAAAUUUCCAGUGUGGAUAAGAAUCCUAGACAGCUCAGAAAUAAAAAUAAUUCAGACUCAAAACCAGAAAGCAGAAAGAGAGAUGACAGUGGUCGAUUUAUUCCAAGAAAUCGGGAUAAGGAAAUUUCCAGUGUGGAUAGGAAGAAUCCUAGACAGCUCAGAAAUAAAAGUGAUUCAGACUCAGAACCAGAAAACAAAAAGAGAGAUGACAAUGGUCAAACUUCCAGAAAUAGAGAUAAAUCUGGUAAAAGUGAUAAUACAUUAUCUAGAAGUAAGAAGAGAGACAAUUCUGACACAGAUAAUAAAGAGAACGGCGCCGAUAAUAAGAUGUAUCUGAGACAGUACAAAUAUACAUCUGGCGCCAAAAUGGAAACCACAAAGAAGCGGGAAAAUGGAAAUAUUAGCAAAAAUAGGAAAAAUAACAAACCUGUUAAAGUUGAUAGAUCUAAACGAAAGUAUGUAGAAAUCUUAGAUUCAGAGUCUGAAAAUGAACGGGAAAAGAAAAAUAAAAGAGACAGAAGAUCAUCAUGCUCUGAUAGUGAUUUCGUAAAAAUAUCAAAAAAAGCGACGAAGAGAAGUCGUAGUGUCGAACAAAGCGACAACAGCGAUUUCAGUGUUAACACCUCUCAUUUGUCAAUGACGUCAAGGAGUGACUUUGACAGCUCCAAUGACAAAGACAAGAAACGGUUGACAAGACAAAGCCACAGAGUCGAAUCGGGCAGAGAUAUCGUUUUUGAAAUUAGUGACAACGAUGAAGCGUAUGCCAGUAGGUCAGACACAGAGGUCAAAAAUACUGGGAAAAGGAAUUUAAGAAAACUCUUCAACCACAGAGCACUCUAAUUAAUCAAAAACGUCCGCCAUCUUGAGUGUUGACUCUGUGUCUGUUAGCGAAAAUGGAUGUUAAAUGAGGAUAUAUUAUUUUUUUGAAUAAAGCUAUUUUUGUGUUG